AUGGAAGACUAUGACUUUGUCAUGACCCAAGGACCAUGGAUGAUCGGGGAUAGCUACCUCACAAUACGUAAAUGGGUACCUAAUUUUGUGCCAGAUGAAGCUCCUAUCAAGGCCCUUACAGCAUGGGUACGGAUUCCAAACCUAUCGGUGGAAUACUUUGAUAGAAAUUUCCUGUUCAGAAUUGGUGAAAAAAUAGGAAAAGUGGUUCGAAUCGAUAAAAACACAGAAUCCAUGGAUCGAGGGCAGUAUAUCAGACUAUGUAUUGAAGUAGACCUGACAAAGCCACUACUAUCAAAGUUCAGAUUGAACGGGAGAAUAUGGAAAGUUCAGUACGAGGGAUUACGGCUCAUAUGCUUCAAAUGUGGUCACUUAGGGCACAAGGAAGGCGAAUGUACUCUCUUUGACAAGACAGAAGAGGGAGGAAAGAACCAACAGGAAACAACUAAGGAAGGAAAUGAUCAAGAGAGUAACUCGAAACCAGGGGGAGAUGCACACUCUAAACUCGAAGAAAAGGGACAAUAUGGUUCGUGGAUGCUAGUCCAAAAAGCUCCUCGAAGGGUUCUAACAAAGAACAAGGGUGUGCAAAACAAGACCCAACAAGGUCAACAAAGCAACAAGGAGGCAGUUAAUGGACCAAAUGGAAAUAAUCAGAAUCAUAAGAGCCAAGACAAUGCUAAACAAAACCAUCGUGAUCAAGCGCCAAUAGGUAGCAACUCAGGGUCUCGAUUUGAAGUUCUAGCAACGGGAGAAGUAGAGGACAUGGCACUUGACCAAGUGGAUAGAAACCAGACUAGACAGCAAUCAAUUGGGGAAGAAAGUGAACAGGAUCAACAAGGGGAUACCCCUAAUCUAGGGGAGGAUGACAUAAUAAUAGAAGGAAAAGGGGAAAAUGAACAAGGAAAGUCAUCAGAGAUGCAAACUGAUGAGGCAUUGCCAACUGUGGAUUUGGAAAAUAAUGGAUCUCACUGA